AUGGCUUUUUACUGCGAGUCGGCUCCCAAGGUUGACCUAAAAGAGUCGACUCAAAGAACCGACUCCCAAACGAAGUCGGAGGGUCAUUGGUGGAAAGAGCGUGGACCGGCGCGCGUUCACGUCACGUCGCCUCAGGCUUCCAUUGAUUUCAAGUCACUUCGGGCCAAGUUUCAGGAGGAGAGCCAGUCUAAGCAGAAGCCUUUUGUUCUUGACAAGCCAAGACGAUUUCCAACAAUAUCUGUCCGCACCGCUUCUUUAUCGAGCUCGGGCGUGGAGGAGAACUCCCCUACCGCACCUCCCUUCAGCUUAAAAGAAGACUGGAAGUUUGUGUUGGGAAAACGACCGGUUACGGUGCCUUCCAGUUCCUUCCCAGUUGAAUCGAACGGCCCCAGAAAUGUUGUUGGGAGGCUCUCGCUGAAAGAUCGUCACCUGCCUCUGGUGCUGCCCACUUCUACUUUUUCUUCCUCCUCAUCAGACGGUUCAAAGCAGAACCACACCACUACCUCAAAGCUGGUCACCUCACCGAUCAAGUGCAAGAAGAAGGCCAUGCCGAUACCGUUCAAGCCUGCUAUGCAUUCCAAAAGUGUCAAGGAGAUUUUGGAAAAUGCUGAGAACCACAUGUCUGUGGAGAAUGGAUUUACCAAAUCUAGAGGGUCCAACUCCGGGUCGUCAUCGUGUCCGAGCCCGGAGCAACCAAGCACAACAUCGCCUACAUCAGAGGGUUCCUGUACCCCAGGCAAUGUGCCUCAGGUCCUCAGCACUCUGGAGAAAGCCAAGAAGAGGUUCUCACCCAAGAACCUGCUGGUGUACGCCCGACCCAAGAGCUUCUACUCCAGUAAGGAACCUGAGGAGAGCCACAAUCCUACUGUAGAGUAUGAGAAUGUCCGGUGUAAGGCAGAAGUUCCAUCAGUGAGGUCUGAAUGUCCAUCUACCGCUUUACUGACCUUUAGUUUGUCAAACCUGCUGAAGGAUAAAGACUUAAGACACAGACCAGCUUUGCACCUGAAUGGUGACAUGAAACCAGCAGUAUCUGAUACCUGUGGUCCACCAGUCAUCAAAGAUCUGCCAGACAGGGCAUCUCUUGGUCCACCGCCCAUGAAACCACCUAGACCACCACACAUUGAUCUGAGCUUUUACAUCAACAAGAGCCUGGACAGUGAAAACACAACUGAUGUUUCUUCUAUGAAUGUUGUGGACCCUGCAAUCCCUCCACCUCCUCAUUUCGAUGCUCCUGACUGCUCAGAUUUCACCACGUCUGUACUAGAAGCUUUGAACAGUAACGCGAUAAACCUCACCGCUCUGGAGUUGGAGGCUACGGACUUCGGUGCCCCACCGCAGCCCGAAAUCUGGCUUCCACCACACAGGCCUGAGGAUCAGGACGAGAUCUCCUGCCCUGCAGAUGCUGCUGGUGUGAAUCUGCAGAGAUCUGGUUUAGCAUGUGGGACUGAUUUAUUGUCGAGCACAGCUCUGGAGAAUCAGCUCCUGGAAGCUCAGAGCUCAGAGGUGUCCAUGAACGGAGUUCAGAAUACGCUGACCGAGUCCUUCAUCAGCAGUGAGUUUCCGUCAGAGCCCAGUCUCAGCCAGCGGGGAGAUUAUUACGAAUCCUGCGACAACGUCUACGAAGAGGUGGAGUCCACCAGUAAAUUUCAUUUUUCACAAAACUCCCGCAAGCGCAAAGGUCCUCCGAAAAAUCCCUAUGCAGAGGCAGCAGGGAAGGAGGACAGACGUAACAGUAUACGACACGUCACACAGCGGACUAAUGUGACAGCUGAUCCUGCUGCUGUGAAUCCUGCUCCCUGGGACAGGAAGGAACGCUCGAGCCCCGACCACCACGACGAGAAAGAGCAGCGCAAGAGGGAGAAACAGCGUCUGGAACGUGAAAAGAAAGAGCAGAAGGAGAGAGAGAAGAAGGAAAAUGAGAUGAAGAAGAGGUUUAAAAUCACCGGCCAAGAGGAGCCCAUGUACCACGCCCGCGUGCUGCUGGCCAACAAACUGCACAAACACAACCUGCAGGUGAAGAGCGGCGAUACGGUCAGCAUCAUACGCACCACCAACUGCCCCAAGGGCAAAUGGCUGGCCCGGGACGCCCAAAACAAAUAUGGUUACAUCUCAGUGAUGAAUGUGGAGCUGAAUAUGAAGGAGAUGUUGGAGUUGGGUAAGAGAGCAUCACAGGCUGCUGCCAGAGGACAUGGUGAAGCAGACACACUCAGUCUCAGCAGCAGGUCUUCACAUCACAUCCAUGUUCUGACCAGCAGCUUCUCUGAUGAUGAUGAUGAGUGGACCUGCGAUGAUGAAACUUUGCCCCCUUCACCAGAAACACUGUCUUCUAACAGAGCCAAUUCUGUACCGGACCUGUUCGGUGGUGAUGGCAGCAGUCAUCAUGUCCCGAGUGGUGGCAGUUUGGAGGACGUGCCUUCACGAGUGAAGGAUGAAGCUCUUCAGAAGCUUGCCAUUUUCCUCCAGAACACCAAGAAAGAUCUCAGCGCCGCACCGGAUCACCCGGAGUCCAUUCCUGUCAGCAUCAACAGUGCAGAAUUUCUGUAUGAAGUGGAGGAGCCUCCUUAUGUUGAGGAAGACCAGUUCAGUUAUGCAGAUUUUGAGCCACUGCCUCCUCCUGAGCUCUACGCCGACUCUCUCUGAGCACUCAGGUAAACGGAUGCUAAUCCUCCCACUUGCCGGGCCCUUGUUGGAUGUACACAUGUUCGAGAAAUACACAAAUACAGAUGUAGCAGAAGAGAAUAUACAAAUGUUAAAAAAUGUUAAAAAAAGACCAAGGCUGGGACGUAGCACUUAUGGGUGUCCGUGUUCUGAUUGUUAUGCUGGAAUUGUGACGUGUUUGAGGUUAACGCUGUGUAGCUGUUGCACCAUCAUGUAUGAUGUUUUUGUUCUUUCUGAAGCGUUGCUGUAUGUGUUACAAUUUAUUUCUGUAAACGAAUGCAUGCAAUAA